AUAGCAGCUUAUUUACUGGAAUUGAUAAAACGAAAGUUGUAAAGGUAGUGUUAUUUUAUUUUUUGACACUGUAAGAAACAGUUGAUGACAAUGGAUGAGAAAAGGGAUCUUAUACGUAUGUGUAAAAUCUCUGCUGGAUUUUUCGUGAAAAAAGGAAAUUUAAAACAAAAUGGAAUUGAUAUACAUUCAUGUGGUAUUAAAAGUUAUAUUGAAUGUGCAUUGUGCUUUGGGAUGCCUUAGUUUUUUUUUUUUAACACUUCAUCUGAUAUCUAAAACGAAAUAACUUGUAAGGCCAUAUCCUGGAUUGUCGACAUAAAUUUCAUGUCUCUACAGGACCAGAAAUUAAAGUAUAAUGAUUAUUUUGUAUUCGAUUGGGAAUAACCUGUGUAUACUGUAUGACUUUUUAUUAUCAACUGCAAGACAUAAUUUUCCACUCAAUGGUACAGUGUAUGGAAAACCUUCAAUCAAGAAUUUGUUAUUUAUGGAUUGUUAGCAGUCUCGGUGUUGAGGAAAAAAUGGAUGCCAUUUCUAUUUUUGCGAAUUUUGGUUUCUGGAGAGAGCUGUGGAUUCCCUGAAGCUUCGGAGGAAAUUGUUAAUUCUUGCCCCAAGAAUAUUGCAGAAUGGAGAAAACAAUCCCUUCUAAAGAACUGUACUUACUUGACCACACAACAUAACUGUUCUGAACCAAAGCCUUACGUGUAUCAUUGUCUCUUAAACCAUUUUCGUAAUACCACGGUGGAAGUAUGUGCUCAAGAAAGUAGAAUUUUUUCUGGACACUGUGCUGAAUACAACUUCCUUGGAAAAAUAAUCCAAACGAAUCAUGAAGCAAAGUGUAAGCAAUGCCCAAAGAUAUAUAAUUCAGGCGAUGUUUACAAAUAUCAAGAAUGUUACAACUUUACCAGACAGCAGAGUGAUGAAACAACUGAAUCAGGAAACAGCAAAUGGAAUAUUACAGCCAACAAUACAAAAAUGAAUUUUCAAGAUGCAUCACAUCCUCAAGACAAAUCCACCAAUGCAGCAACGAUUUUUGUGAUUAUCCUUGGUGUUUUGUUAGCCUUUUUUGUAUUUUUGAGCUUGGCCUUUCUCAUUUGGAAAAGAAAAAAGAGACAGAAAAGGAGAUCACAAGAACUCAAUCCUGAUUUACCUAAUACAUCAGACCCAGGAUGUGAUAUUGAACUUAUUCCAAAAGAUGAUGGAUCCUCUAACUCAAGAGAGGAGAAUUUGGAUGACAGCAAAUCAUGUAAACAAACUCGCUGCGUCUUAGAAGAUUCUGUGAUGAAAUGUGUUAAAUGCUGUGUUUCUUUCGAGACGAGAGAUGACAAUAAAUUCCGUGAGGAAAAUAAUGAUGAAGAUGAUAUAAUACACAAAAAACAGUAUCUUAAGCCAAUGUAUACAAUAUCGGCAUCUGAAAUCAAUUGAAUUUUAUGGAAGUUAUCUGGUUUUCCUUGAAUUAGUGUCUAAGAGGAACGUAGGAACGUCACGCCUGGAAUGACAAAGAAAAUUUAUUUGUGUGAUAAGUCUCACCGAAAACCAUCAUUUGUGAUUAUUUAGUUUUAUAAUAAUUCAAAAGGAAAAAAAAGUGAUGUGCGAUCUGACUGCUAGGUUGAUUAAUCUUUUUAUAGCUUUUCUCCUUUUCCAGAAUCUUUCACUUAUUUUGUUACAUGUAAACGCCAAGGUCGUGCGAGAAUGAGUAUUGAACUCAAGUCCGCUAAAUACAAGUUAUUUUCACAAGUGCGGAAAAUAACAAAAUCCUAUCUCACGAUUGAAAUAAAUUCCUCAUUCAAUUACAAAGUAUUGGUUUUUAAAAUACCUAGUAGACAAGUGUAUAAGCCCUGAAAUACAAGUUUUGGCAUAGGCCUGACAGAAUCUAGGAAGUAUAUAUAAUAUAAGGCUGUUUCGCCCUCAGGGGUGAGAUAUCUCUGUUUCAACCCGUUGUCAAGAAGUCAAUUUGCACUCUUAUUUCUAAAAAUUAUUUCUACUAAUUUCAUAAUAUUUAAUUCCUUUUCUCAGUCACAAAUUCUUUAUGAAAUGCAAGGAGAAAAUAAAACAUUUUUUACAAUUCUCUGUGGUUCUUAUGUUAUCAGUUCAUUAUCAGCUGCUUUGAUGAAUUAUAUAAGGAGAUCCGCCAUUCUCUCGUUUGGCAUCACAUGUCAAGGUAUAUACAAGUAAAUGUGGAUGGACCAAGACUUUCUAGCUAUAAACUUUAUAAAACUUUAAAAGCUCGGAUAGAGUCGGACUCUCUACAUAAAGAACACCCACUCAUACAAGUAACUGUGGCGUCACAAAAGGAAUGAGGUAACAAUGCCCUGAGCGUUGAUCUACUGUACAUUUAUAACAUAAAUGUUUUAUAUUUCAAGCAUA